AUGGACACGCGCGGCAAGGGCGACGACGAUCACACCAACCGGACCUUCUACUCUGCAAUGGAUUUUGCCAUAGUGUUGCUUCUCUUGAUCCUUUCACCAGGAAUGUCAUCAUGCACCAGCUGCUCCUCCUCCGCCUUCGAAGGUGCACUUGAGUUCCCGUUGUUUCACACCGACCACCCAUGCGUCCAACAACAUCGCGGUCAUCCGAUGUCAACUGAAAGCAUCACUGAAACUGAUCCGGACCUGCCAAUUGACUUGAUACGGAAUGACAGCAUAAACAACUUUGCCUUUCUAAUGCCGGUCCAGCUGGGCACGCCACCGGUCUGGAAUCUCGUGGCGGUUGACACUGGAUCGCCAUUCUGCUUUGUUCAGUGUAGACCAUGCACCCUCAAGUGCAACGAUCAAGAAGGUGCUGGCCAAAUAUUCGAUCCCAAGAAAUCCAAGAGCUUCAGGCGUAUCGGGUGCUCGGCGAAAGCCUGCCGGGCACUUCAGUCGCGGCUACGCCUGCCGUUCAAAGCAUGCAUGGAGAAAGAGGACAGUUGCCUUUACAGUGCCUCCUACGGAAGAGGAUCCUACUAUUCAGUUGGCAAGCUGGUGGCGGACACGAUCGCCAUUGGGCGUGAUGGCAAGGGAUACAGUAUUCCCAGCUUCAUCUUCGGCUGCAGCUUGGACAUCGAGUAUGAUCAGGGCGAGGCCAGCGUAUUCGGGUUCGGUGCCGCGCCGUCUUCCUUCUUCUCACAAGUAGCGCGGGUGGUUAACUAUCAGGCAUUUAGCUACUGUUUUCCAAGUGACAGAAAGAAGACUGGAUAUUUGUCCAUUGGUGACUACAACCGUGACGAUUCUACUUCUUACACCCCCUUGUUCGUGGCUCAUCAGCGACCGGUGUUUGCACUGACGCUGGAUAAGGUGGUGGCCGAUGGGAUCACGCUCAUCACAUACCCCUCAGAAAUGAUGGUUGACACUGGGGCCAAAUGGACAGUGCUGCGGUCACAUACCUUCAGCCAACUUGAGACGGUAAUCACCAAGGCUCUACGACCUCUGGGAUAUGGGCGCACCAUUGUUAUGGGACCAAAUCAUAUGUGCUAUGAGGACGCCCUAUUCACGGUGUUCCGCAACUGGUCCGCUUUGCCUGUGGUGCAGCUUUCGUUCGAUAUGGGUGCUACACUUACAUUGGCACCCGAGAGCUCAUUUCAUUUUACUAGCAGUCAUGGACUAUGCACGUAUUUCAUGAGAGACGCUGCUAUAGGAAAUGGUGUGCAGCUGCUGGGGAACUCGGUCACACGGUCCAUCGGCGUCACCUUUGAUUUCCAAGGAGGUCGAUUUGCCUUUCGGGAUGGAGACUGCUGA